AUGGCUCCCAAGGCCAAGUCAGCGAGAACAAAAUCCCACACUACUCCAACCGAGGCCACAGCAACAAUUCAGGAAAGGGACGUUCCUAAAUGGCCCUCUCUCCAACCUCUGGUUCCUUCCUCCGAUCUGUCUAUUCAAUGUCUCCUGAAAGACCAAAUCUUGAAAAUUCCACGCCUCUGGACGGCGAGCCUGUGCAAGAAUUAUGUAAAUUUCUUGUCAUCCUUGCCGCUAGUCACGACUCCCGGAAAGCCAAAGAAGGGCGAGGCAGUCCGAGUAAACGAUCGAUACCAAAUCGACGACCCGAAUUUCGCUGAGCAGCUGUGGUCGGCCACAGCUCUCCAAGCGCUCGUCACGAAUCCCGUGAUCGACGGCACGACUCUGACCGACGCCGAGAAGCGCGAAUUGUGGGGCGGCGAGGUCUUGGGACUGAACAGUAACAUCAGAAUCUACCGCUAUGGGAAAGGCCAAUUCUUCGACCAGCACUGUAAGUCGAUUUUUUGGUUGGGGCAGUUGAUAAUUUCCCACGCUGAUAUACGCGCCAGUCGACGAUUCCAACAACAUCACCUUCCCAUCCGCUCGCGCUACAUGUAGCUCUCCCGUUCCCGUUCCCGUUCCCGUUCCCGCCAAGACGACCUGGACGCUCCUGCUCUACCUGACUUCCCCCGCGACCGGCUGCGAAGGCGGCGAAACCGUCUUCUACCCCGAAGCUCCGAGGAAGCGAGAAGCUGCGCCCCCGCCCGUAAUAGCCGAAUUAGACGUGGGGAUGGCCUUAUUGCACCGCCACGGGAGAGAAUGCUUGCUGCAUGAAGGCAGGGAAGUCACAGCCGGGGAGAAAUGGGUCAUCCGCAGCGAUUUAUGCGUCAAGCGCUGA